CGAAGUGCGAAUUCAACAACACAGCGAGCGAAAGAAAUCAUGAGUCACGAAGAGAAUACGAUGCAAGAGUUAGACUCUUCUAACGAUGAAUGGGUGAAAGAACUUGAAGGAGAGAACGAGGAAUCGAAAUUCACAGGGAGGAGAUUAGUUAAAAAGUCGAUUUCUGUUCCUGAAUUGGUAGACGAAGUUGAAGAAGAUCUCGACGAUUUUACAGAACCUGCGGAUGAUUUUAAUGACAAAGUAGGGAAGAAGAGACAGAGGAAGAAGAAAGAUGAGUCUGGUCUUGAGAAGACAAAAAAGAACAAGAAGCAAAAUUCCGAAGAGGUUCAAGAGAUGUGGGAUUCAAUUACGAACAACACUAACUCACAGUAUGGUGAUAAGGUCGUAGUAAAACCUCCUAAGAAAAAAGAUGAAGAUGCUGAGGAGAUAAAAAAACUGUUCAGUCUUAGGAAAAAGAAGAGCAAGUGCGAUAAAACCUCCAUGGAGAUUGGGAUGCAAGUAGAACAAGUGAUGGCGAAUCUUGAAAUCGCGGUAGAAGACGACGUAAUUUGUAACAGAGAAGGAAAACCCGCCAUUAAUAAACUCAUGAAGUUACCUCUUCUCAAUGAAACUCUCUCAAAGAAACCUCUUCAAGGUGAGUUCUUAGACCAUGGAGUACUUAACCUUCUCAAGAAUUGGCUCGAGCCGCUUCCUGAUGGUAGCUUGCCGAAUAUAAACAUCCGCAGUGCCGUUUUGAUGAUUCUCAACGAUUUUCGUAUCGAUCUUGAUCAAGACUCUAGAAGAGAACAGUUGAUCAAGAGCGGUCUCGGGAAGGUCAUAAUGUUCUUAUCAAAAUCAGAUGAAGAAACUACACCUAAUAGGAGACUCGCUAAUGAUAUAAUCAACAAAUGGGGCCGUAUCAUUUAUAAUAAGAGCACAAGAUAUGAUAACAUGUUUACUCAGGAGGAACUUGAUGAGCAACGGCAAAUACUAUUAAGAAGACAGACCAAAACAGCUCCUAAGGUGUCUGGAACAAGAGCUAGAGACUUUAAUACAGAUAUUGACCUUUAUGAGCUAGGAACUUGGACAGGAAGAGCAAGAGCAAAAAUACCAACAACAAUGUCGAUGGACUUUAAGAUCCGUCCUCCAUCGAAGGUUGACAUUAACCAAGAAGAGGAACCUUGUUCCAAGUGGCAAAUGGAAAAAAGACAUAAAAACAAGCAGCAAAAGAACAUCAGGAAAGGGGGCAUGCAAGCAUUGAAGCUUAGUGUAGACGGACGCACUAUGCUCAAGUACUUGUAG